AUGCGUCUCGUAAAACUUCUGAUACUAGUGGCGUCAGUAGUGAUAAUAGAAACACUUGCUCAACAGCCGACUUUCUUCCGAAUUAAAAGACAAGCUUACCCGCCCAAUCCAGCACCAUUCAAACCGAGACAGGAAGACUACAAUCUUCCACCAUUUUAUCAGCCGAACCCUGGACGCGAUGCGUCUUCACUAUCUCCACUGUUUCCAUUUCAUAGUCAAUACAGUAAUGGACUAGAUAUCAAUCCAGGGACAAGAUUCACAGUUGAUGGAAACUUGAAUGUUCCAAUAAUGGGUUGGGGAAUAUGGGACUACAAGGGAGGAGUGAAAAUGGGGCGUCCAAACACCAGAGUCGGAUUUGGAUCUCUCAACGCGCCAACUAAUGUUCUAGGAAUUUCCGGCGACACAAUUGCUGCUCUAGCUAAAGAUAGAACGUUCCAGCAAUCAAGACAAAAUGUACCAGCAGUUCCAGUCGCUGUUCUACCUGGUAAUUUUGUACCAGUUCGGUGUCGUCCACCUAUGUGCAAUCCAUUUGUACAUAAUAUGGCCUUUGGAGUAGAUGUUGAACCAGGAGAUGACUAUCUUUUCGAUGGAGGGUUCGACUUCCCGAUACCACUCGCACCAUCCGGUGUUGGUGUUCGUUUCCCAAUGAGCGGAGCUGUCAACGUUGGAACAGAUCCUCUCCUUAUCACCUAUGGUCACGGAAUGGGUCCUGCUAUGUUUCCGGCUCUUGUCACAGCCGACAAUUUUCCACUGUUCCCGUUCACUGACCAAUUCAAUACGGGUGUAGAAAUUAACCCAGCAAACAAAGUUAGUAUGGCUGGUGAUUUGAUAGUGCCGGUUCCUGGAUGGGGAAAUUUUGAUGUCGACGGGAACAUUUAUUAUGGGCAUAUUAACGUCGAUGCCAAAGUUGGAUAUCAAGUGAGACCAACAAACCAUCUCAAUAUUAAACCAGAAACACUAGCUCUGCUCGGACAAAACCCAGCAUUCCGAGAAGCAAGAAAGAAGGCAAAGGAAGUCAUUGUGGGAAGAAUCCCAUAUGGAUACGAACCGAUCAAAUGCAAACCACCAUAUUGUAACCCAUUCGUACAUCAUGCCGGUGUCGCAGUAGAAGUCGAACAGGGAGAUGACUCAUUCUUCAUCGGAGGAAUCGACUUCCCACUGCCGAUCGGAGAAAACGGGGCAGGAGUCAGAUUCCCACUUUCCGGAGCUGUGGAACAGGGAACUUCUCCUUAUGCUUACGCUCACGGUAACGCCUUCAACCCUGUUUCUCCGUUUGACUUCCGGAAGAUCGAUAGCGAUGAUGUCAAACCAGACUGGCCAUAUGCACCAGGAUCAAGACGGAGGUCUCCGGAAAAAAAGAAGAUGAACAAUGAAGAAAAAAACACAUUCUACUCGAAGUUUUAUGACAAACUACCACAGUAG